AUGAGUGAUUAUUUAAGUGAUACAAGUGAUACUGACCCUUUCCAUAACUCAGAUGAUAGUGACAAGGACCCUGACUAUGUAGAUUCAAGUGAUAACGAAAAUAAUCAAGGAUUCACAGCACAAGCUCCUAGUUCAACAACUGAUACUUCCGAAGAUGAAUUUGAUGAAGACCAAGCAGGGCCAUCCAGACCACAUGUUACUACAUCCAGAACUGAUACUUCUCAUAUUACUGCCAACGACGAGAUUAUUGAAAACGAAGCCGAAAACAACGACGCCGGAAUGGAAACUAAAACUAAGAAAAGAAAAAGAAGGCCUGAAAAAUGGAAGAAAAAUAUAAAUAAACUAAAAAGAAAUUCAGGCAAACAGUAUAUUAAUAAAAAGGGUAUAGUUGUCUCGGAAAAGAGGGCCUCUGGAUCCUUGCUUGAGAAAGAUAAGCGUGGAAAACAUCAGAAUAGACCGAACAAAGUUCCUGACGAAGUGGUUGCUACAGUAAAAAAUCACAUUGAAAGUUUCCCAGCACGCGAGUCCCACUAUUCCAGAAAUAAAAAUAAGAAAAAAUUUCUGCCCGCUGAGUUAAAUGUAAAAAAAAUGUAUGAGCUUUACUUAGAAAAGUAUGAUUUUGACCAAUAUUCUCUGUUAAAAAACCAUCAAAAAAUCAAGCCCAAGGUUACAUAUGAUUUUUACUAUCGUUAUUUUACGCAAAACUAUAACUUAUCCUUCGGAUAUCCCAGAAGUGACACCUGCUCUUCUUGCGACGUAAUGAAAAUUCGUAUUGAAGCUGCCUCGACAGAGGAAGAAAGAAGGGAAUUAACAGUCCAGAAGGAAGUGCAUCUUCGCAAAGCCCAAGCAUUCUAUGAUGACUUAAAAGAAAAAUCAGAACUAGCAGUAACCGAUCCCUCUGUCGAAACGAUCUGUUUUGAUUAUCAGCAGAACCUACCACUUCCUGUUUUGACGACUGGUGACAUAUUCUAUGCAAGGCAAAUAUGGGUUUACAACCAGAUGUUCCAUUCCUGCUCAAACAACCAAUCAGUAAGCUACAUGUUUGACGAAAUGACUGCAAAAAAGGGUUGCAUCGAAUCGAUUUCUUUUUUAAUGCAUUUCAUAGAGAAAUAUGUCAGCAAAACUGUCACAACUUUGUACAUCUUUACUGACAACUGUGCGGGGCAAAACAAAAAUGCGGUAAUGGUGCAUUUUUUGCUAGCCUUAGUCAGUAAUGGAAGAUUCAGAAAAAUAGUUCAUCACUUACCAGAGCCAGGACACAGCUUUUUACCCUGCGAUCGAAACUUUGGUCAAAUUGAAAAGAAAAAACGCAAGAAAGAGCUUCUUUAUUUGCCAGAUGAAUGGUAUGAUUUGGUUCAGAGCUGUGGCAAAAAGUUUGUUGUCGAGCGGGUGGAACAAGACAUUAUAUUUGAUUUUAAAAGUUAUCUUGAACCAUAUUUUAAGAAGACUUCCGUAAUAAAGAAAAAACCAUUCACCAUUUCAAAGUAUAGGAUCUUCAUCUAUGAUUCUGUUCAACCUGAUCAAGUGCUUGUUACAGAAACUCACAAUAUUGCUCUUGUCGUCGGAUAUCCUUUGUAUAAAUCUCCAGGUACCAAAAUCGAUUUACAUGUGGCUCCUUUAGCAUACCAUGAGAAGUUAGCCUUAAAAACCAAAAAGUAUGACAGCAUAAUGCCUAUUGUCAAAAAAUAUGUUCCACCUAUUUAUUUGGAAUAUUAUAAUACAAUAAAACGGGCAGCAGAUGAGAAUAAUGCCGAAGAUUCCGAUUGA